CAUUAGAUCCUGUUUACGGUUAGGUUACCUGCCCGGGGUUUCUGAGUUGGGGGCCAGAUCCAGAUUUUGUAGCGAGAUCAUAGCUGAGGUUGAGGAGACAGUUGCAGACAGGUGCCAAUAUUUGCAGAAAGGUGACAAUAUUUCUCAAGUGUCUUUGUUAAACUUGGAUUCUUUAGAUCUGUGGAGUUGUGUCAAGCGUAGAGAUGUUGUUGAUUGUUUUGAUCGUGGGACUGACCCAGUUCUCAGACGCCGCCAUGCCAGUCAACUUGGGCCCCUCCGGCAGACAAGCGUUUCUUGAGUACCACAACAAGGCACGUCGAGAGCUUAAGGUGCCGGACUUGAAAUGGAGUCCGGCUCUUGCUAGAGAUGCGGGGUUGCACGCCAUGAGGUGCGUCUUCCAACACAGCACCAUGUCGCACGGAGAAAAUAUUUACGCUUCUUAUCCUAUCAACCACAACAACACCGCCCUGGCCCUCGCCUCACUGACCGGCUGGCUCAAUGAGGAACCCACCACGCUUGACCCUGCCUGGCCGUGUCUCGCUGACCUCUCGUGCGGCCACUACACUCAAGUCGUAUGGAGGGCCACCAAACGGGUUGGCUGUGCAGUCACCCACUGCAAUGGUUGGAUGGAGAACCUGGUUGUCUGUGAAUACGAUCCACCCGGCAAUUAUAUAGGUCAGCAACCUUACUAAACUGCCCACCACGCUACGUCACAACAACGUGUCACAUCACAGCUACGUCACAACACUACGUCACAAAAGCUUUUCUAUAUGUUUUUAAAAAAAAAUUAAAUACCAUUUGACAACA